AUGGCUUACUUGUCACCGGAUACCGCUCGUAAUGCGGGAGGAAGUCAAAUUUCUCUUGAUCAAAGUAUCUCAGCUCAAAGCAGUGAGGAACUAAGUCAACAAGAUGUCAAGCAACAAAUAGUGAAUCGUACUGCCAAUCCUUUCUUACUGUUCUGGAAGCAACUACUGGUUAUGCUUAAGCGUAAUGCUAUAUUACAGAUUCGUUACCGUAAAUCGACCAUCGCCCAAAUAUUCCUGGGUCCACUCAUAUUCAUCCUACUGCUAUUCAUCCUUAAUGAAGCAAACAAAGCAAACGAAAAAAAGUCAAAUCGCCACCCCAUACCAUAUGAUCUCGAUGGUGUCGUUCGUUGUCAAGGAAGAAACGAAGGAGAUCCAUGUAUAAAUAUUCUAUUUACCCCCGAUAAUCCUGAAAAUAGACAAAUUCUACAGAUCUUUUCUGCCAAGAAUGCACAAAGAACGGGACAGGCACUACUAAAUUUCGAAAAUGUCAACUUGGCUCUGACUGAUGUACCAACAGACAACCUCGGCAUAAUACCCGUCGCAGACGCACAAUUCAUCUACGAUUACACGCUCCAAAAUCCAAACACUACAUUGUUCGGUAUAGAAUUUACCACUGUUCGCCAACCGACAGUCAAUUACCGCUACCAGAUCUGGUUUAACAGCACUCAAUCCGCCAACAACUCUGAUGUAUUCAGUGAUCAAGUAAUUGCCUUUCAACGUGGCAUUGACGAAGCCAUCAUUGCUGUUGCUACCAGUUCCGGACAAACGGUAGACACUACGCCAACGUUUAACGUGCAACUCAAAGACUGGCCAAAAGUGCCGCCAACUGUGGUCGGAGAUGAGAUUGUUGGUUCACUUGGGAGUUUGUUCUUUUUCUGUGCCGAGAUGAUCAUCUUCAUUGUUGUGCUGAAUACGAUUGUUACCGAAAAAGAACAAAAGCUGAGGGAUAGUUUGAUUAUGAUGGGGCUGAAGGUCGAAGUGUACUGGUUAAGCUAUUUCUUCUCGAACGCCUGGCUUGUGAUUAUCUGCUCUAUUAUUACCUGCUUCCUGGGGUUCAUAUUUCGAUUCGAAGUGUUCACCAAUACCAACUUCUUUGUUCUGAUAGUAACGUUUAUUCUUUUCGGCAUGGCAAUGGUGUCAUUUGCUUUCUUUAUUACUGUCUGGUGCAGAAAGGCUCGUGUGGCAGUAUUGAACGGUAUCUUCGUCUUUAUCAUUGGAUUACUUUUCCAAUCAUUCGUCUUUUCGAACAACUUUGUUGGAUAUAUCUGGUGGGAUGUAAAGACCGCGUCAUACUUUCGAUACAUCUUCUCGCUCCUACCCUUUUUCAAUUUCGGAAAAAUCUACCUCGACAUCUCCAAACUAUCAACUGGAAAAUUCGACUUUUUAACAGAAACUAUUAUUAAAGGACCAGGAUUUAAAUAUCAUGAUCUUUUUGAUCCUAUUCCAAAAGAAUACCUUCCCACGUAUGAUGCGGCUGGACGCACUCCCAUCGUGCCUGCUCCCAUACAGAGUUGGUAUUUGUUCCUAAUGAAUAUUGGCCUUUACUGUCUGCUCACUUGGUAUUUCGAUAAGAUUUUGCCCGACGAAUUUGGUACCCGUCGUAGUCCUGUGUUCUUUUUAUAUCCCAGUUUCUGGGGUAUUAAAUUCAAGAGCAGUGUCACCACUGAACAAUUGUUGGCCAAACUCCAAAAGAAACCAGAUGAUGAUUCCAACGACAAAGAAGAUGAAGAUGUGGCCGCCGAGAGACUUGUUGCUUUUGAUCCUAGUCAGGAUGUGGCUUUGCGUAUUUGCAACCUGCGUAAAGUUUAUCGCCAAUCUUGGCUGUAUAAGAGUAAAUUGGAUAAAGUGGCGGUGAGAGAUCUCUGUCUCGCUCUUAAGGAAGGUAAAUGUCUUGCCCUUCUCGGUCAGAAUGGAGCCGGUAAGAGUACAACCAUGAACAUUCUUUCUGGAUUAACACCCGCAACUAGUGGCGAUGCUCUGUUGUAUGGAUACAGUAACGUUCCAGCGGAUGAAGUUAGGAAGCUUACCGAAGAGAGAUUGGCAGCUGUUAGACUCACCAAAGUAGCUGACAGGCCAGCCGGUACUUAUAGUGGGGUGAGUGAAGCAAAACUAGAGGAUGAUAGUGCUGGUGCAUUGAUAUACGAAAUACCAGUGUCUUCAAUGCAUGUUCUUCCCAAUUUGAUUAUGUGGAUGGAGGAUAACAAAGAGGCGAGUACAGCCGAGCCGACUAAGAAGUUGAUCAAGGCAUGGGGAGUGAGUCAAAAGAGUUUGGAAGAAGCAUUCUUGAGAUUGAUUCGGGAGGCUAAUCCUCAAGGAUAUCAAGGAUACGAGUUAGAUGGAGAGACUUAG